CCGACAACGGCUCGGCGCAUGCGCGCUGAUCUGGCAACCGAAAGCUGCCGAGUGGUUGCGUCGGGCCGGUGGGGAAAUUCAAACACCGAGGGGACGGACGGCCGCCCACUCCCCGCGACCGGGCGCACAGCGGGGCAGGUGCACCAUGGCUGCCGCACAGCCACCCAUCGAAGAGACAGGACUCAACGGUUCUUGGGUGGAGUUGCACAUAAAGAACAAUGGGAAUGGGAAUGAUAAUGGCGCUGGGCGAAAUGGAGGGUUGGAACAUGUGCCCUCAUCAUCCUCCAUCCAUGACGGAGACAUGGAAAAAAUCCUUUUGGACGCCCAGCAUGAAUCUGGUCAGAGUAGCUCGAGGGGAAGUUCCCAUGCUGACAGUCAGUCUCGACCCCAAACACCUCAGAUGACUCAAGCAGUCUUUGAAGUAGAGCCGCAAAGUAGCAGAGACAACAGUUCUCAGUCUGAAGAUGAUGGUCUGGAACGAGACCGCGAGAUGGAAGUUAUGAUGAAGAAGCGUGCUGAAUGGAUUUCUGACUGGUCAAGUCGACCUGAAAACAUUCCUCCAAAGGAAUUUCAUUUCAAACAUCCUAAGCGUUCAGUCACGCUCAGUAUGAGAAAAACUGCAGCAAUGAAGAAAGGAGGAGUAUUUUCUGCUGAAUUUCUGAAGGUUCUCUUUCCCUCCCUGCUUCUGUCACAUGUUCUGGCUCUUGGCCUUGGGAUCUACAUUGGGAAAAGACUGACAACCUCAUCAUCCAGCACCUUCUGAGAGCCAGAUUCAGAUUUAAACAUGACCUGUGAAAUUGUGUGGAUGUUCCAUCAGUACAUUUGAAUUGGAGGAAGAAAAAUACCCAUCACAAGCACAAGACAUCCCAUCUCAUCACAUAUUCCCCUUUAUUACUUUGUAGAGAAUGCCUUCCUGAGCACUAACUGGACUCCUCUCUUGCACUUUGACUUGUUAAGCAAGUUGUGUUACCACCUUACAGCAACCCUAAUAUGCUUGUAAUUAAUUGUUUGCAUCAGUGUGAAGUAGAUUCACCAGCAAACACCUUUGAAGAUCUGUUCAGUGCAUCUUUUAGUGCAGGCAUUUAGAUUAUAAAAUAGCACAAGUUAUGCACAGCACAAAAGGUGUCAGUAGGGUUGGGAGAAGAAAGGUUUGGUGCCCAGCAGCAUUGAACCAACAAAGCAGUGGGCGAUGAAGUCUCACGUUUAACAUUUACCACCUCUUGAGCAAGCAGCUAAAUACUUGAACUAACAAAUCAACAUAUUGUUUUGCUGAUGAAGUUAUUCCAGUUAGAUUUAUGUUUUUGAUUGUAAUGAUUGGCAUUAUAUUUAACCUAUUGUGUAUUCUCUUAACUAACCAUAAAUCACUGCUUCUUUACAUGCUUGAUGCUAACGAGGAAGCAGCCAUGCAAUUUGGCCUUGACUCUACUGAUCAAAUCAGUGCUUUUUUGUCUUUGCUUUCUAAUGCUUCACUGAAACAUUUUCAGAAUUCUAAAGAUAAUUGUGAUUUUUGUUUAAGAAUUAAUUUUUACCUCUGAAUGUUGAUAACAUCUCUCUAUUUCAAGCACACUUUAUUGACCUUGCUGAACUGCACCCUGUUCCCACCUGAUGUUUCCUAACAGGUUUCAUGGGGGAAAGAAGUGUGAUCUGAUUUCCUCCCUUUGCAGAUCCUAUUGCCAGCAAAUAUUGAGACCAGUUGUGAUAUCCCAGCUAAGAUUUGGUAAGUCAGCCCAGACUGGUGAUUAUCCCUGAAACUGAAGGAUCCAAACUCUGAACCCUCUGAUGGGCAAAAUUCAGAAAUCUCUCCAUUAUUUGAGGAUAUGAACUACUGACAGCAAUGUACACCUUGGACUACAAAUGAUAAUUUCUGCUGGUUUGUCACAUCCUGUUUGACUAAGCUGCAAUGCUGUGGAUAUUUAAGCCUUUCCCCUAAUAGUUUAAUAGGAAGAUUUUAGUUCUGGAAACUAAUACAUUAAAACUAUGUCCUAUAACCUUUCAGUUUUUUUCUGUCUUUUGUUUUGAGCGUAGGCACUUCAGUUUCAAUCUUCUGUUUGGGUAAUAGAGCAGGGUUUCCCAACCUUUUUUAUGCCACGGACUCCAGGUUGGGAAACCCUAAUUUAGAGUAAGGUUUUAGAUUUUUAAUACAUGGGGUUUAACUCAGCUUAUUCUGAUGGGAUGAGCAGGUCUAUUUUCUCUUGGUUGUAAGAAUUCUGCCCCAAGUAAGUUAAGGCAGUCUGAGUCUGGUUCCCAAUGUGUUGGCAUUGCCCUCAGUUCUUCAUUGAUUUCACAGUUCUCUUUAGAAUUGCUAUCUGGUGAGAAGUAGAAGAACCUCAGUGUGUUGGGGCUGCUUUGAGCAGUGUUAAAAAGCUUAAUUCUGCUGCAGUGUAGUGGGCUGACUCUGAAUGUUGUCGCAGGGAUGUCUGAUGUUUCAUUCCACUGCAUGACUACCCCUUGCAUUGAAGAAUAUAAAAGCCCCUCCUACAAAAUGGCUCUUUCAGCUAACUCAUGAUGUUAAGCAAAAUUAUUUGAUCAUAUUGACCAGGGGGAGAAAAUAAAGUUUGGAAAGUGAUUUUUGUAAAGUUUCUUUUAAGAAAGACAAGUAAAAUUUAAAAUGAAGUGAAUUUGUUUAAAUUCUGAGAUAAUCUAGCUCCUGUUGUAUGUGUAGUUCUAGUAAAAUACAACCAAGGAAGAUCCUUGUUUAAGAAAAUACUGGUUUGAAAUGAAUGUUGCUUGAUCUCCAGCGAAAAGAUAUCCUAUCUGAAUGCUGUCUGUAGAAGAAGCUCAUUGCAGUUGGGAAAUGUAUUAUUUUCCUUCCGUUUCCAGCUGUUGAGAUCUAGAUAAUUUGUUUCAGUUUCAUUUUGUUGAAGGAGAUGGUGAUAUACCAGAGAAUUACUGAUUUUGCGCCAAUAUUACAUGUUAAUUUUUUAAGAAAGAUGUUGGAAUGCUGUUUUAAUUAAAGCAGAAGCCCAGGAUAUAUUGAAAGAUAUAUUCAGAGAUUGUAAGCUUGAAGGACAUAAUAUCACAAAAUGAUUGAGAAAUGCAGUUUCCCAAAGAAAGGGCCAUCAACUUUGCAUAGGACCCUCCAGAACAUAUAUGUAGAAUCAGCUGCCAGAGGAAAUGGCUGAGGCUGGUACAAUAAAAGUUUCUAAAAUACAUUUGGAUGGGUACAUGAAUUGGAAAGGUUUAGAAGCUUCUGGGCCAAAUGCUGACAAAUAGGACUAAAUUGGAUGGGACAUCAAAGUCAGCGUAGGCCAUUUGGGUGGAAGGGCCUGUCUCUGUGCUGUAUACCUUUUGUCUAUGACCAAGGAAGGUUCCUGACUGAAGCAGUCUGCAUUUUCUCCUGGUAAUGUUGUACCGUGCAGUAAGAAUAUUUGUUUUGAGCACAAUACCUUAAAUUGCAUAUCUGGGUGCCAGAUUGGCUCUGAGAUGCUCAAGGAUUGAUUGAGUGCAUGCAGUGAGAUUGUGACCAUCAUAUGGGGACACCACAGUAGUGUGGUGGUUAGCAUGACGCUAUUACAGCUUGGGACAUUCGGAAAUUCAGAGUUCAAUUCUGGUACCGUCUGCAAGAAAUUUGUACGUUCUCGCCAUGAGUGCACACGGGUUCCCUCUGGGUGCUCCAGUUUCCUCCCACAAUCCAAAGGUAUACUGGUUAGUAGGUUAAUUGGUUAUUAUAAUUUGUCCUGUGAUUAGGCUGGUGAUAAAUGGUUGGGUUGCUGGGUGGUGCAGCUCAUUGGGCUGGGAAGGCUUGUUCUGUGCUAGAUAUCUAAAUGAACUAAAAUAUUGUUUUCAAUGUGUGGAGGUGUGGGGGUGAGGGAACUGUCCUCAUCUUAAAUUGCACUUUGAGAUAUUAGAAGGACCAUAGCUUUACAAGAUUGAAUUAAUUCCCCAUAACUCCCAAUCAACAAAGUAGAAAAGGUUAUACUUUGAUCUUUAGCAUAAACAUUUAUCUGACAGGUAUUUAUAUGGUAAUAAAAUAACCUAAAUUGCACAUUAGUGUGUUAUGUCCGCAGCAGCCAAGAUGUCAAUCUGCAGCACAUAUUAAUGAAAAAGAGUUACAAUUUAAAAUAAACAUUUUCUUCAUUAAUUUUGAAUUGGUGGGACAGGUUUUCAAAAAUGAAUCUGUUGAAUUUAACUGAGCCAAAGCGAGUAUCAACAUACCUGGCAAUUAUCUAGGUAGCACUUUGUAUUAUGUAUUCUGAUUAAUGUAAAACUAGUAUCAUAACCAUUUUUGUGCCAUUAAACAUAUAAAUACAAGACUCUUUUUUUCAUUUUUCUAAAGGUUCACAAAAGGAAGUCAGUCUGUGACCCCUUUUUCUAUAAGCAGCUUGGUUAUAUAAUACUUAACACAGUAAAUGCUCCAGGCUACUGUAGGAAUUGGAGACCAGUUGGAAAAAGUAGACUUAUGGAGAGGAGGAAGAAAAAUGCUUGAAGUAUUGAAAGUUUUGGAGUGACAUUGCAAGAUAGUGGCUGUUAUCUUUUACAGAGUGUUGUUUAUGUGGCCUUAAGUGUCUGUUGAGUGCUGUGAGGGAAAACAUACUUAUAGUUUGAAGAUUAAUUUUAGUUGAGUCAGCAAAAAAAUCUGAUUUUAAUCAGAAUCAGGUUUAAUAUCAUCUGCGUAUGUCGUGAAAUUUAUUAACUUUACAGCAGAGUUACAAUAAAAUACGUGAUAAGUAGAGAGAAAAAAUGGAAUUACAGUAAAUAUAUAUAUCUAAGGUAUCUAUUAAAUAAUUAAAGUUAAAAUAAGUAAUGCAAAAAAGCAAAUUUAAAAAGUAGUGAGGUAGUUUUCAAGGGCUUAAUGUCUAUUAAGAAAUCGGAUGGCAGGGGAAGAAGCUGUUCCUGAAUCGCUGAAUGUGUGCCUUCAGGCUCCUGUACCUCGUAUCUGGUGGUAGCAGUAAGAACAGGGCGUAUCCUGAUGGUGGGGAUCCUUAAUGAUGGACGCCGCCUUCCUGAGGCAAUGCUCCUUGAAGAUGUCUUGGAUACUACAGAGGCCGGUACCAGUGAUGGAGCUGACUAAUCUUUUAAUGCCCUGAAAAAUCUGAGAGUUGAGUAACUUUAUGGGUUGUGAGAGUUUUGUUUUGUACUGACUACUUUUUGACAAUGCUGUCAGUCAAAGAGGUGGAAGCAGGUUGGAAUGUCUAGGCUAUUGGCAAACAUCUAAUUGAACAGCAAACAAAGUAAUUUAUUCCUAAAUCUGUUCAAUGAGUGGAAAAGCAGAGCCCAUGGCAAAAUCUGCAGCAACUUCAGGUAAAAGCAAGAUCAUUUCUCCAGGGGGAGAAAAAAGCACCGAGUUACCUACAAAUAAUUUCCAUAAAAUGGGACUGUUGCUAACUGCAUAAUGGAAAAGAGGCUGCCCAAUUAGUUUCCACUAAUCGGUAUCAGAUUCUAACCUGGGCAUCUGUUAAAGCUUUCACACACAAAAUGCUGAAGGAGCUCAGCAGGUCAGGCAGCAUCUAUGGAAAAAAAAUUAAGCAGUUUGUAGUUUCCGGCCUGAGUCCAGCAUUUUGUGUGUGUGUGUGGCUUUGGAUUAAUAGUAUCUGCAGAUUUUCUCGUGAUUGUGAGUUAAAGGUUCAGUUUUUUGCUCCAGCCAAAUUGCUGAGUGCAGUUAAACUUGUUCUAAAGUCUGAAAAUCAUUUUGCUUCUGCUUCCACAGGAAAGUAUUUGUGAAUGGAAAAUCUCUGAGGCAGCCCACUGAGAAGUAUUUUUAGACUGUAUCUUCAACAACAUAGCAUUCUGUUAGUUUUGGCUUAGGUUAUGCCUUAAUGUUCUGGUGUUGAUUCCAGUGCCUGAAAGCAGUGAGCUUCUAGCAGCCAGCUUAUUCAGUAUUUGUCCCAAGGUCAGGCUCUAUCCUCUAAAUUAAACAAUGCAGUAACAUCCUGUGUAGACAAAAUGGUUGACGUAUACUUUUAUAUGCAGUGUAACUGACCAACAGAGGUCACUGCUGAGUGUACUAUCACAGCCUGACGUAAGCAACACUCAAGCAGAAUUUAUAAAUAUAUCUUAAGCAGGCACUUCAUAGCCCGCAUUUUAAAACAAACAUACUGUCUUAAAAAUAUAGGAUGAUUUAAUGAUUUUGGAAUAUAUUAUUCAACAUGUAUUUUUUACCUCCAAGGUAUUUCCUGACCCCCCCCCCGAUCAUCUGCUGAAACUCUUAUCCAUCCCUAUAUUGUCCAUGGAUGUGACCAUCCCAAUGCAUCCUCAAUGGCUUCUCGCUUUCUGCCCACCACAAGCUUGAGGUCAUGUUAAACUACUUUAUCUUAACACAUUCAUUUCUGCUUUCUGAUCACCCCUGAAACCACUGACAUUUGUGGUUCCUUCUUAAACUUUUCAAUUCAGAAUCAGUUUAAUAUUACUGGUAUAUGUCGUGAAAUUUGUUAACUUAGCGGCAGCAGUACAAUGCAAUAAUAUAGUGUCUAUAAAACAUAUUCACUUCGUUGCAUGUUUUCAUGUUUUAUUGUUUUACAAUAUUGAAUCAUAGUGGAUUUGAUUUAGCUUUUUUUGACAUUGAUCAACAGAAAA